AGUUGCAAGUGCAACAUCUGCCACAGUCGCCGCGCGAAUUUCCGUUAAUAAUGUUGUCAAAGCGUUCCGAUGCGCUGAUAAGCGCUUUCGUUUUGACGCUCUAUUAUGUGGGCGUGGCCGCUGGGAACGCAUCAGACUUUGUGACAAUGGGCGAUCUGCGCAGGAGCAGGCGUGGCCAGUUGCAUUCCUCGCGUCCCGGUGGCAUGAUAAUGGAGGGCGUCGGAUUCCAAUACACCAUGCGGUUUCAGCCGGGCUUCCACCUCCACAAUCUGGCCCAGCAGCAGGGGGAGGGUGGGGGAAUGGACGGUAUGGACGGAAUGGGAGAUGGCGCUGUGACGGAAGCACCAAUGCCCAUGCCAACUCCUGGGACACCGCCUCCAGAACCAGCUACCCCAGAGCCAGAGGAACCGGAGCCCACGAUACCAACCCGUCCCACAUCCGCACCAACUGAGGUACCCUCACCACCAUCACCACCAUCACCACCAACAACGGAUUCGAUGAUGAUGAUGCCCACUCCGACUGCUAGUCCCCGGCCCAGUGUGAAACCGUCGGUGAGACCGCCAGUGCCCACGCCACCGUCCAGCACCAUGAGCUCCAUUAUGCAGCCCCAUCAGACCCUGAAGAAGCUCCUCUUCGGGUCGCCCAUCGAGGCGAAUCUCAUCCUCAAGAAACCCAAUGCACCGCGUGCGAAGGGCAAGGGCUUCCUCAGUCUGUUCGAGGUGAUCAAGUUCCCCAAUACGAAGUGCAGUGUGUCCAUGGGCGACAUACGGAGCAUGGAGGGUGUCUGCUACCACGAGUUCGAGUGCAAGAGCCUCGGGGGGAUUCCCACCGAGAGCUGUGCCGAGGGCGUGGGCGUUUGCUGUGUGUUCGUCAAUGGAUGUGGCGAUGUCACCAGCCAGCAGAUCCUCUACUUCGAGAGUCCCAACUAUCCAAAUGCGGUGCGCGAAAUGAUGAUCUGUGUGCUGAUCAUCAAUGUGAAGAAGGGAGUGCAGCAAAUGAGACUGGAUUUUCAGAUGUUCGAGCUAAGUCGUCCCACAAAUGGUGAUUGCGUAGACGAUCAGUUUAUAGUCUCGGGCCACAAUACCAAUUUUCAAAUUCCCAUUCUGUGCGGCAUCAACACAGGCCAGCAUAUGUAUAUUCAUGUUGGCGACUCAAACGAGAACAAAGUGUAUCUCUCGGUAUUUAUGAAAGUCUCUGGUGGAGGACGUUCGUUUAAUAUCAAAGUCAAUCAGCUGGACGACGACCUGGCUCCUAAUAAUUGCCUGCAAUAUUUCCCUGAAGCUGAAGGACUAAUAAAAUCCUUUAACUACGAUACAGAUGGUUCCAUUGUAGACAACCGAGAAGCUACUUAUUUUAACAAUUUAAAUUAUGCCAUAUGCCUCGCUCGCUUGAAGAAUGUGUGCAGUGUCAGCUAUAAUACAGAGCAACUGGGGGGCGAUCAGCCAGACUUUCAAAUCGUCAACAAAGAUGAGGCCGAAAACGAUUUGAUAUCCGAUGGCCAGGCGGGAGCUGGGAUAUUCAACUGCCCGGAUGACUUUAUAGCCAUCAAUUCGGUGCCGCUUUGCGGGGAGCGGUUCAACGAUGGUCGGGACAGCGACGAUUUCACCAUGCACGCCACCGUUAGGGACACCGCCGCAGGUCCCAUCGUCCUGCCCUUCCGCACCGAUGCCGAAUAUGUGGGUCGCGGCUUUCGCCUGCUCUACAGACAGGAACUGUGUGCCUGA